AUGUACGCUUCUUCCGGACGACCAGAGCCAACAUUUCUUGCUCCCCCAGCUCCCGACCAAGCUCGAAGUAGCAUCAUCAGUAACCUUUCGCGCUUUUGGAAAUCUCGAGCAGUAGCGCCCAUUGCUGAUACAGCAUCUGAUUUACCUGCAAGAUCAGUGGUAGUGCCUCUUUUCAUGUCAGCGUCGAGGUCUUCUGGUCGAAACAAUCUCUUCGCAAGGGGUGCUCUUCCAAUGGGCUAUGCGGCGGCAAGAUCAGGCCCACCAACCUCUGUUUCUGAUGUUCCACAGCCCCUUCGUGUCCGGGCGCAACCAUCUGCGCACCAUGAUGAGGAAGGAUCCGACAUGUAUGGACCAGACACAGGGCAUGAUGCUGUGGACGAGUCCGUCUUGGCUUCAACUACUCGUUCCCAGAGGCAUAUCAACGCCGCUGGCUCACGCAGGAGUCCCCAUUCUGGGGGAACGCGCAGUGUACCGAGUGCCCGAAGCAAUGCACGAAGUGCAAGAAGCGGACGCACUAGAAGCCAAAACUCCCACAAUUCUCGAAUGAGUACGCGAAGCCGACGAAUAUUCUCGAGACGAGCAUAUCGCGAUCGCCGAGUCAAUGCAAAGGCAAAGAUAUGCUUUGCAUUUGGCAUUACAUUGAUUGUUGCGGCCAUCAUAUAUUUGGUGCUCGCAUUCACAGGCAUCGCCCGCAACACGACUUUUCAUGUCUUGUCGAUCCUGUUUAUCUUGGUCUUGACAGGAGUCUUCUGUCAUCAGCUUGUUCGGAUGUUUAUGCUCAUCAAGGCGCCACGACGACAUGCCCUGACUGCUGCUCAGAGGCGCCGGCAUGCCACCCGAGAAAGGUCGAGAAAAUAUCGGCAACAGGUCGAGGAAACCAUUCCUGAAAAACCAAUACAGAUCCAUAUGGCGAGUGACCAUGGGUAUGAGCGAGACCUCGAGGCAGCCACCGAGGUACAUGUUCAACCACCACCACCAGUGUAUGGAAAUGUUCGGGAAAGCAUUCGAAUGAAUCCAGAUUACAUCCAUUGGAGACAUGUCCCUCCUUCUCCACUGACGCCCAGCUACGAUGAAGCAGUGGGAGACAUCCAACCGAGUGCGGGAUACCGACCUCCGAGCUAUCUGUCUGAAGGAGGGGUGAGCGAAAUGGUGGAGAGCCAAAGCCGUGAUGUGGAUGCUGCUCUCGGCCACAUUCAUCCAUUGGAGAGAGAGCGAAUACGUAAUCUGACUGUUGAUGCUUUGGAAGGCCGGAAUCGGAUCUGAAGUGCCAGUUGCACUCGCUCAGGGAGUAGCCGUUGCUAUGACUAUGCUGCAGUGUUUUGAUUUCGAGAAUCCCUUUCUUCGAACAAUCUUCACGGCAAUGUAAAUGCCAUCCACAACAAUGAUGCACGUGGAUGUUGUGUACACACAUUCAGCAGAAAACGCGUAUGGAACAGAGUUGUUUUGAUUUCU